AUGGAACAGUUUUUACGCCAACGAAUCGAUUGUCCGAUUCCGGGUGGAACACGGACAUUGAUCGAAGAGAAAGACAAUAUCAUCAAGAAACAACAAGAUGAACUCGCCAAACUCCAAACCCAAAUUCAAACGAUUCAAGUCGAACGCGAUUAUAUCAUUUCAUUACUAUCUGAAGAGCAGAGAUGUCAUAUUAAAACGAUUGCUAAUAAAAAGAUUGAUUAUCGGCCAACGAUAUUAACGAACUAUGAUCUCUCGCAAGACUUACGUGAUAAGCAGAUUGAAAUUCUUGAACGAAAGUAUGGCGGAAAAUUGCGAUGUCGUCGUGCGGCAAUUAUAAUUCAACGUGGAUAUCGUCAAUAUCGAUUGAAAGAAAACUUUCGUCAUUUAUGUGCAACUGUCAAAACCAACAAACGUUUGUCAUGUACAUUUCUCGAACAAAAUCAAAUCAUAAAACCAUUGAAACCAUGUUUGAGAAUCUCGAGGAAGUCCGAACGACACUUUCCCGAACAUCAUCUAGACUUACCCUCGAUCAAUUUCGAACAUUUCAUCGAAUCUACGAAACAACCGGAAAAUUCUUUUCAGCACCAACAGACCAGAAAACGUGUUUGUAUUAUAACUGAUCAUCCAAUGAUAAAUCAUGUCUACGAACAAGCUGAUAGCCUGAGCGAUUUUAUUGAUCGACAAACAAAUGAACCGAACGGUCUUGAUCAAACACAUUCAACUAUAAAUGAUCAGAGUUUCUACAAAGAUUUGACGGGUUCACCAAUCGAAUGUCGGAAAUCGACACCAUCGGUUCGAAGUUUAUCGUUGAAGUCUCGUUCGAGUCAACCGUCGCCUAUAUGGAAGAAAAAAACACCAUUGUCAACAUCGAAAUCAGCUGAUUUACCAACGGAAAGUUCCAAUCCAUCGACUCUGACCUUCACAAGUCCGUCAUCAACAUUAAGUUCAGAUCAUGAUAGUAUGAGUUUACAAUCAUUGAGUAGUGAAUCAAAUUCAGGAUCAUUAUCAAAUCGAUUCUCAUCCAAUAGUAUUGAAUUGCAGCAACAAGCAUUAAUUCCACACGAUCAAAUCAUCUUACAAGGAAAUGAACGUUUAGAAAACAUUCGAAACAACGAAAUCUAUCGACGACGAUGUUAUCGAGCCGGAUUGAAUAUAUUCAAUAAGAAGCCUGAACGCGGCAUUCGUUAUUUGAUCGCUCAUCGUUUUAUUGAUUCCAAUUCUCAGUCCGUCGCGCGCUUUCUCCUUUCGCGCAAAGGUCUCAGUCGGCAAAUGAUUGGCGAAUAUCUCGGCAAUUUGCAAGAUUCAUUUGCUAUGCAAGUCUUACAUGCCUUUGUGAAUGAAUUCGAUUUUCAUGAUAUGUCAAUCGAUGUUGCUCUCCGAAAAUUUCAAUCGNACAUACAUCCAAAGAGGAAAUGA